AUGUUCCCCGCUACCAUGAGCACCGAAAGCCUCCGCCUCCCCCCCCGGCCCCUCCGCGUGCUCCUCCGCCGCCCCCUCCCCCCCCUCCCUGCCGCGAGCAAGCCCCGCGGCCCAGUACGCGCACCCUUGCAGCUCGUUAAACGGGCACCGUCAGUUGACAGUCGAAAGCAGGGAGAGGGCUUGCAAGGCGACUUGGCGGCACAGGUAGCCAGAAUCGCGGCCGAGCGGUCAAGGCGUCUUCAAAAUGCGGCAAGUGACGGGUCGAGCACUCCCAAAGCAGGGGCCCCCAACGGCGGUUUGGCUCUAGGAGUUAAACGUGCGUUGGAUGGUUCCAAACCGGAGAGCAAAGUGAGUCGGUUUAUUGGGGGAUCGGUGGGGACGGGUGAAGAGAAUAAGGAGAAUGCGGAGGGGUACCAGCGGUUGUUGCAACAAAAGCUCGCGAGCAGGCGAAAAUUGGUAGAGGAAGAUGUCACGGGUGGUAGCACGGCAACUGUGAACUUCGACUAGGUUUCUUGCUGCCAAAGGGUUUUCUGUCUGGUCGUCUACCUGCAGACUACUUCUUCAGAAGAAGAGUGUUUGAAGUACAGAUUAUGAGCGUAAUUCUUCAGGAAUGAGGAUCAUGCGUCCAAAGAUGUCGGGUCAUCGGG